AUGUCGACAGUUGUUGCCGGUAGUGAGUAUGAUGAGGAGGAAGUGGACUAUGAAGAAUCAGACAGUGAUGAGUCCUGGACUACAGAAAGUGCUAUCAGCUCUGAAGCUAUCCUUAGUUCCAUGUGCAUGAACGGAGGGGAUGAGAAACCUUUUGCCUGUCCCGUUCCUGGAUGUAAAAAGAGAUACAAGAACGUAAACGGCAUCAAGUACCACGCCAAGAACGGCCACAGAACGCAAAUCCGCGUACGCAAACCCUUCAAGUGUCGCUGCGGGAAGAGUUACAAGACAGCUCAGGGCCUGCGGCACCACACAAUCAACUUCCACCCCCCCGUGUCUGCCGAGAUUAUCAGGAAGAUGCAGCAAUAACGCGCUGGUCACAGACGUGCCAAGAAACCCUCACCAGCAGUUGCUGAUUCCGAGAACAGCCGCCUUUUUCAGGGGAAGCGCUCAGCAACCCUUUCGACGACGACGACGAUUAACUGCAUGCUUUAAGAUUUUCUGUAAUUUUGGAAUGAUGUUAUCUUUGUAGAGUUAAUGAUUUUGUACAUUUGCACAUGUAAUCAUCAUACCCAUUUCCAUUACUUUUGAGAUAAGGUGCUAUAAAGGCUGUAGGUCCUUCAGAACAUUUUUCU